AUGAAUCCGUCCAGGGGCGCGGUUACAAAAAAGGCUUGCGAUGGCUGCAAAGUUCGGAAAGUUCGCUGUGGUGGAGGGAAUCCGUGUACGCCCUGCCUGAAUGCGCGCAUCCACUGUAUUCUGACGCUAACUAAGGCGAGAUGCAGUGUACCGCUGAGUGCGAUUGCGCCGGUGCUCUAUAUUUACCAUGUCCGCAUGUACCCGGUUUGGCCGAUUGUCGACGUCGAUGACUUGAUUGCAAACCUGCAACAAGACCCCGAGAACAAGGACCAUGAGAGGUUCGCGCUCGCGACGAGCAUAGCCGCUGCUACUAUGGCUCAGCUACGGCUUGGUGGUUCGACAUCGGAUCGGUCAGUCACAGCUGAUGUCCUCGCGGCUGAGUGCCUUGAGGCCAGGAGAAGAUUGGACUAUCGUUCACGGGUGAACCUGGACAAUGUCCGAACAGCCUUCUUCCUACAUGUAUACUAUGAAAACCAACAACCAGGGGGAAGCGAAUCGGUACUCUACCUCAGAGAGGCUAUUACUAUGGCGCAAAUGAUGUACCUACAUAGAGAAGCAUCGUACCCUAGCCUUGCGGCUGAGGAGCAGAAGAUCCGCCGUCGAGUGUUAUGGUUGCUAUUUGUGACGGAACGUGGUGUUUGCAUCCUCCACAAGCUUCCAGUCAUUCUAAAAACGGACACAGCUAUGCCGGAAACUGAUGCGGACGACGAGGUUCUACCUGCAUUCCUGAAACUCCUGACAUUGUUCAGACUAUUCGAACAAAGCCGAAUGUUCGACAUUGUCGAAGACUACCACCUAGGGCUCGAGCCUCCUGUUAGCUCCAGCGCCGCUACAGCUGCCACCUUUGAUGAGAUGUUCCAGGAUAAAUCCCCGGACGGCUUUGGCACCCUGGAUAGGGUAUCCGACGUUCAGAGAGCCGAUAUCUGCGUGACGAGACACUGGAUGCGCAUUCUCGCAUGGAAAGCCCUGUCCCACUCGUCUACCGGCCGCCAACCCUCAUCAGACUGUUUUCUCUCGCCGGUAUUUCCGUUGAUCGUGGGAAAAGAUCUGGUGAGUGUAGUCUACCGGCUGCCUCGAGUGGCGCUCCAGGCGCAUGGCCUUGGCAUGCAGCUGAAGCUGUACGAAAUUGCGACCUCCCUCGCAGACGCUGUCACCAGUACUGCAGCCGUGCCAGAUACGAGUCGAUGGGACCAAGAAAGCCGGCCAAGUAACAUCCUCACGCGGCUUCACUCCAUCCUCUCGGCGUUGACUGGCGGAGAAAACAGCACUUUGGUGGACAUACUAUACGGCAAAAUCGCCAAGGCACAUUAUAUGCACUCAGCACCUAUCUUACCAGCACCGAGCAAUGGGAACAAUAAACCUAAUCGAAAAUCAAAAACCGCGAGAGCGACAUGUACCGAGGAUAGCGUGACCGCGACUGACUUCUCACAGAAUGAGUCCAACGAAACUGGGGACGCCAUCGACUGGCCCAGUGGAUUACUGACAACCGUAGAUCAGCCGGCCAGUGAUGAUAGCACCCCUACAAGAUAUCACGGACCCAGGGGACUACAGCCAGUCCAGCUAUGA